AUGACUAAACGUUCAACAAACAACAAUAAUAACAAACCUAACCGUAAAGUAAUUAAUGCCAAAACAGAAGCCAAGUGGUUUAUUUAUGAAGCAUCAAAGAACAAGAACACCAAGUUUACAGCAGAGUUUGUUCCAUUAGAGGAGCCAGUAAUGAAGACUCCAGUGUAUCGUAUGAAACAAGCUUGUUGUUUGGAAAUGUUUUGUGAGAAUGCUUCUAUUCUACUUGGUUUUUGUCUUAAUCCUUCCAUUCACAAGAGAUACCAAGAUAAGAUAUUCAUUGGUGGGUUGACAGUUGAAUACUUUGUUUCCUACUUCAGUAGAGUAGAAAAUCAUGUUGUGAACGAUCCUAGAAAACAAUUUAUGCAUUUCAAUGGCCAAAUAAUAACUGUGAAUUGUCCUUCUUUUAGUUUCAUAGGAUUCGAUAAUCUUCCUAGUUUGGGUAAUAAGAAAGCAUAUCAUGGAGUUACUUGGAAUGUGUACACUAACCAAAGAGUAUACAAUAACACCCGAAAUAUGUAUCAGUAUGAACCUAGAUGUGAUGUUUACAGAGUUAGAUUUGUUUAUUUGGAAUUCUUUUGUAAUCCAGUUACCAACCUAGUUUUUGCAAAGUACGAGAUUGUCAAAGAACAUUUUAAUUAUCUAAAUAAUUGUUGGGAAUUGAUUUAA